UUCUUUCUGCAGUACGUAGAAGAAAACAGAGAUUAAUAGACAAAAAAGGUUUAACUGUUUGCUUGUUUUUUUUAGUAAACGCAAAAUGCUUUUCACUGUAUGCAUAUACUCACUUUUAUACAUGUACUCUAACUCAUUUAACUGAUAUUCAUCUUAUAUAUUCUUCCACUACACAAGAAUCUUUAUAUAUAUAUAUAUAGGAAGAUCUAGAUAUCUAUAUACAGUACACGACUUAGUAUAGGUUUUUAAUUAUUGAUGAAAAAAGUUGUUGUGGUAUUGCAACUACAAGAGCAAGCAGCAGUAGCAGCCGAAGGCGGCAAGGAUCUCUAGCUAGUUUAUGGCAAUUUCAGCAACCAUGAAUCACAACGAUGACAAAGAUGAACACGAUCACGACAUGGUUAUGCCUGGUUUUAGGUUUCACCCGACUGAGGAAGAACUCAUCGAAUUCUAUCUUCGUCGAAAAGUUGAAGGGAAACGCUUUAAUGUCGAUCUUAUAACCUUUCUGGAUCUUUAUCAUCAUGACCCUUGGGAACUUCCAGCGCUAGCAGCAAUUGGUGAAAAGGAAUGGUUUUUCUAUGUGCCUAGAGAUCGAAAGUAUCGGAACGGUGAUAGACCCAAUCGUGUAACCAAAUCUGGAUACUGGAAAGCUACUGGUGCCGAUCGAAUGAUUAAAACUGAAAGUAAUAGAUCAAUUGGGCUUAAGAAGACAUUAGUCUUCUACUCUGGUAAGGCACCUAAAGGUAUAAGAACUAGUUGGAUCAUGAACGAGUAUCGGUUGCCACAACACGAGACUGAUCGAUACCAAAAUAAGGCGGAAAUUUCACUUUGUCGAGUAUACAAGAGAGCCGGAGUAGAUAUCACCCCCUCCUCAUCAAGAGGAAUCAUGCCACAAGAGAAAAAACAACGCAACAUGAUUAAUCAAUCCACGUCAAACAACAAAGUCCAACGUCCACCACAGGCACCAAUGGAGCUAGAAAAACCACAUGAACUUGAUGCGGGAAGCAGCAGUGGCGCCACCAGUACUGACACUUGGACAGCUUUAGGGUUAGCUAACCAUACACCUAAUUACACCAAAAUAUCUCCAGUAACCUCCUCCAUAUUAAUGCCGUCACCACCGGCGUCAACCGAAGAAGACGAAACACUUAUGCAUCAUCCCAAGCAAACGGGUGGUUCAGCUCUGUUCCAACAUGAUAGUACUAGUCUCUUUAUGGGUUCUUCUUCAUUGCCGGUAAAUCCAGUCGAUGAUCUCCAUAGGAUAGUAAACUACCAACAAGCUUACACAUCCUAUCACCAUCAACAUCAACAUGAGCAGCAUGAGCAACAUCAACAUUCGACUUCAUUUCUGCAGCCGUUACCACAAUCUCAUGAACAACCACAGUCAACACUAGGACUCGGCAUAAUAUCGAAUUCAGUGCCGACAUUCCAGGACAAGCUUUGGGAAUGGAGUCUAAUCCCAGAGGCAAAUAGAGACUACAGUAGUAGUAGUACUAGUCAUUUCCAGUAAUAAAUGGAGUAAUCCCUAUUUUCUUCGCACAUACAAUAUUGAUAAGUACUAUUAGCACCUCUUAUAUAUUUUCUUUUUAUAUUACUGACUUUUUUCUUUAUGAAAGAAUGUACAUGUACAACUUCCAAACUAGUUGUUCAUGUAGGAGUUGAUAUAUUUAAGAUUCUAAGGUAAUUUAAUAAUCAUGGCAUUUAUUUUUA